UACAAUAUUUCUUCUUAUUUAUGAGUUUAAUGACGCUUCCCUUUUUUGUUGAACCGUAACAUUGUUGUGUUUUGACUUACGAACCGUUCUACUUACGAACAGGUCUUUGAAAUGGAACUCGUUUGUAAGUCGAGGACUUCCCACAUACACAACUCGAUGGAAACGCGUUGACUAACGCUGGCAGGUGUCAUAAUAUCUGCCAUUAAUCUGUCGGUGUUCAUACAUUAUGCAUAAUCACGAACCUUUUUAUAAUUAAUUUUUAAGCAAUGAUUUACUAUAACGUAGUACCACGAGAAAAAUCUGAUUUUGGGAGAUGGGUAUUUAUAUGUACAUUAUAUGCAUUAUAUAUUAUUUAACUCCCCAUUUUAAGACAUUACUUAUUAUCACAGAUAUUUUUCUCAUAAAAUUGUCAGAUGCUCAGUCUUUGAAAUAUAGUAUUUUAUUACUGUACAAUGACAUCUUCACGAAAUGUUUUUCAGGGGGCCGUCUAAACUGAAUGUUAAAUAGUAUGUUGGAAAACAUUCAAUCAGGGAACGUUGACCACAGUUGUGUAAACUGGAAUUUUAGCAAUAAAAUGUUAGAUGUGUCAAAACAACAAAGAAAGCAUGUUCAAAUGAGGUUUCACUGUACACUGGGAAUUUAAAGUUCAAGCAAGAGCUGAAUGUGUCCACCGAAGCGAUGAGUCUCGGUGCAAGCCUCAACCGUUGAGUUCUCUCAUUUCAGCUGCAAGCUGGGCGUGGAGCCUGUACAGUUCACUUGGAGGCAUGAGAAAUCCUUUAACAAGAGAUGCCAAGUCCUCACUUCACCCACUGGUCCUUUUGCAAGUUGUCAUCAUGUCAUCAACCCCCAGGACUACGUCACGACUUGCACAUUCGACAUGGGUCAAUACAGCGGCAUGGCGAGCAUCCUGUGCGACAGCUUACAGGCAUAUGCGGAAGCCUGCCGUGUUGAGGGAGUGAAUAUUCAGUGGCGUAAUGAGACCUUCUGUCCGCUGUCCUGCCUGGCAAACUCCCACUACACGGAUUGUGCCUCGCUUUGCCCAAACACCUGCCUGCACGCAAGCACAGAGGAUGACUGUCGGAGCACAGAGACGUGCACAGAGGGCUGCGUCUGUGACAGCGGCUUUGUGCUCAGCGACAGACUCUGUGUACCACAGCAGGAUUGCGGCUGCUGGGACAAUGGAAAAAUCUACCACACGCUCGGAGAAUCCUGGCUGACAGACAACUGUAGUACUCAGUGCAGGUGUAUGGGCCCUGAGGAGAUGAACUGCACUUUGCAUAGCUGCAUGGCUGAGGAGAGCUGUGCUUUGCAGAAUGGGCAGUACAAAUGUCAGCCCGUCGGUUUCAGUACUUGCACCAUCUCUGGAGAUCCACACUAUCAGACCUUUGAUGGAUUGCCUUACAACUUCAUGGGCAAUAACACUUACGUUUUGGUACAGACCAGUGGCGAUAACCCCAACCUCAUCCCCAUAAAUGUGCGUGGGAAAAACGCCAAUCGUCAUGGUUUAAGCGACGUCUCAUAUUUGGAUGAGGUUCACGUGAAUGUGUUUGGACACGAAAUACGUUUUACCAGCAGGGAUGAUUUUGAGUUUGACGGGGUGAGGAUGAGGCCUCCUAUGUUCCCCCGUGAGGGUCUGUCCAUUCAGCAGUCCUCUCACAGAAUCAUCCUGCAAACCGACUUUGGUCUCACUGUCAUCUACGACCGCAGGGAGCAUGCAGAUGUGAUUAUAUCCAGCUCUUACAUGAAUGAGGUUAGUGGAUUGUGUGGGAAUUACAACGGCGACCCCAACGAUGAAUAUUUUGGACGUAAUGGACAGCAAAUUCCUUCCAUAAAGGUGUUUGGCGAGAGCUGGGCAAUGAAUGGUGCUAGUGAGAACCUGGCGCCUGCUGUGAGCCAAUAUAAAUUCUCCAUCUCUGAAGACUCAUUAAAUGACCCAACCUGCAGUGGGACACAGCUGAUCGAACUGCAAGGCAUUAGUUCCUGUGGGAUGAUCAAAGAUAUGGCUGGUCCCUUCCAACCAUGCCAAGAGACAGUUUCUCCUGAUUCAUACUACGAGAACUGCUUGUACGACAUGUGCGCAAACUUUGGAGACAAGGAGACACUGUGCAACAGCGUGGCGGUUUACACUGCAGCUUGUCAGCGGAAGGGCAUCACUCCAAGCAACUGGAGGAACUUUUCAGGCUGCGAUGCGGCAUGUCCUCCGAACAGCAUCUACACUGAGAGCAUGACUGCUUGUCCGGCCUCCUGUGGGAAUCUCGCUGCGCCUGAGGAGUGUGGCCUGCCCAGAAUGGAGGGGUGCCAGUGUGAGCUGGGGUUUGUGUGGAGCGGCUUUCACUGCGUGCCCUUUAGGGACUGUGGCUGUUUUCAUGAUGACACCUACUAUGAGGUGGGCAAGGAGUUUUACUCACCCCAAUGCAGUAGUCGGUGCCAGUGUGUGAACACGGACACAGUCCUAUGCAGAAACAAGGGCUGCAACGUAGAAGAAGUUUGCUCCAUCAGCAACUACACCUUUGGUUGUUUCAAUCUGGACGCUUGUGAUUCAAGCCCAUGUCUGAAUGGAGGAACCUGCACAGAAAAUGGUCGAGAUUUUGAGUGCCACUGUCCACCCACACACAGUGGGAUCGUUUGUGAACAUCCAGGGAAUACACCACCGCUCGACACUGUCACCAUCAUCAUCAUAGUGGUCUGCACUGUUGGUGGAAUCGUUUUGAUCUCCGUGACCAUUGUAAUUGUCAGGUUCCGCCGUGGGAGGAAAAACAUGAAGCUCGAAGAAGUAUAUGACACUAAAUCAAGUGCUUCUUCCGAGGAUGACACGGGGCUUGCCAAUUUCAAUUACCUUCAUGAAGAUGUUGUAAACAGUGAUGUGUGGGCCGCUUACAUCAAAACAAAUGAUACAGGGAUAUUAAAGGUGCCAGAUAUCACGUCUAGUGCCUUCUAGUAGGUACAGUAUUUAUGACUUCGUAUAAGGUGGGCUCAUUAUGAUAGCCAUGUUGGUCCAGUAAAGCUGGACAAGGCUUUGUGAAAGACAUAAAUUCUUUAGAAAAUGAUGAAGCCUGCCGAUAAAAGUUACUGGUAAUUGAUAGUGAUUCCUCUUGUGUCUAUAAUCAUGUAGUAAAUGCGUAUAUUCGCAUUGCCAUGACAAUAUUACAAAUCUGCAGUAAUUACAAUCGAUUCAAAUGUAUUCAUGCACUCUAACAAUGGAAAAGCAAAUUAUGAGGCUCAAGUCGUGCACCAAUAUAUUGUAAUAA